GGGAUCAGCUCCAUCCUAUCAGCGAAAGCAGUCAAAACCUCAUGGGCAACUGGCUCAGAUGACGAUUUUCGUCUUGCAGCUUCUUGGAUAAAGCGAUGUCUCGCAACCCAUUCUUCUUGCAGUCUAGUUACUAACCCUCUGGCGCCGCUCCCCUCUCGUGUGUUGGACGCCAUGGCGAAAGGCUGUCCAUCGGGACUCCGCCUCGUUGACGGUGCCGGACGCCUCGGCCCGUACAUUACGCUGAGCCAUUGCUGGGGCAAGUCGACGAUUAUUACUACAAAUCAGGAUACUAUUACACAAAGAAGGCAGUGUGUUCUCCUAGAAGACUUAUCUCAGACCUUCCGCGAUGCUGUUAUUGCCUUGAGGGCAUUGGGCGUACGGUACCUGUGGAUAGACUCGCUUUGCAUCGUCCAAGAUUCGAAAGAUGACUGGGAGUUUGAGGCUAAAAGAAUGUGCCAAUACUACACCAACUCUAUCAUGACCAUAUCAGGGGUCAGUUCAUCUGGUGGCGAGGGCGGCCUGUUUGCGACGCGGCAUCCCGGCCUAAUAUCUCCGAUACCAACAGAAGUUACCUUCCCUGAAGAUGGAAAGAUGAAAGGAUUUGCGCAUGCACUAUAUUUUCCUGACCCGGCACGCGAUAUCUGGGGCGACCAUAAGCCUCCGCUAUGGACAAGAGCAUGGGUUGUCCAGGAGCGCGUCUUGUCACCAAGACUGCUUUUGUUCUCCUUGGCACAGAUGAGCUGGCAGUGCCAAGAAGAAGUUGCAUCAGAGAACAUCCCAGAAGGUAUGCCUCUGGAAAGUAGCAGAGAGGAUGUGGACAUGCGGUGGUCGAUCAUGGGUUGGCACCGUGCGCAGUCUACAUCUCGAAUUGGGGAAGACCGAUACUCAUCACCUGUCGCAUCGCACAGACUCUAUCACGGCUGGUAUGAAAUCGUUCGGGAGAACACACACUGCAAACUGACUAUGCCAUCCGACAUCUUCCACGCCGUUGCUGGCAUAGCGCAGGCACUUCAGUUUGCGUUGAAAGAUGAGUAUGUCUCCGGACUCUGGAAAGGCGAAGUACACCGGGGACUCAUUUGGGUGGUGGCAGAAGGAGUCAAGAGCCAGAGAACGCUAAGGUCAUAUCGCGCACCGUCGUGGUCAUGGGGCUCGCUGCCGGGGGCUUGCAGGUUCGUUCUGUCUAAUGCCCCUAGAGAGUUCAUCGAUACGAGAUGGCUGCACAUUCUCGGCAUCGAAGCGCUGAGCCAGGAUGAGCCACGGCCAGUGCUGGUAGUAACAGGUCGACUCAGGAAGGCGUACUAUGUGCCCUAUGUUGAAUACGAUUUCCAAAAGCACCUCCCAGCAAAGAUCAAGCGGGGCGACGACCUGGUUGACGCAGAGACUGGCGAGUCUUUAGGGGCAGUGACGAUCGAUAACAAUGAGGCGUCCCUUCUCGUUGAGUUGUGGUGCCUCCCCGUCUGUAUUGUCAGGUCCAACGUCCCAGGGCACGUCCGUAAGCGAACGGCUGUGGGGUAUCUUGAGUACAGCUGUCUCGGGAAACAUCGCAACAUGAAGUCGCCUCCGGUUUGGAUUGAAGGAUUGGCCUUGCAGUGUCUUGACAAGGAGAAACAUGUUUAUAUGAGGGUUGGGAAGUGGCGGUGUGAAGACCUCAAGUUAUUCCGAUGGUCCAAGUCUCGUGCACUAUCCAUCAUCUAG